GUCAGUGGAAUCCAGCCCGCAGCAGCAGCAGAGGUGGAGACGGAAGAACAGCAGCAGCACGUAGCAAAGCGACCUGUUAACCACUGCGGUGUUUUUUAGUUUUUUACCUGAGUUUCGACCCCACCCUACCUGCUAUGACAAAAUGGUCAUAAUCCUGUGCUUGCGAGGGCUCGAUGUGAAGGCAGGUACUGAAGAUAUAAGGAAGUUCUUUAAAUGCCUUUUUAUACCCAAUGGUGGCGUGUACAUAGUGGGAGGAUGUCUCAGAGAGGCUUUUAUUGCAUUCACCACUGAGCUAGAUGCCAAACUCGCCAUGACGCACAAUGGAGAUCUGCUCAAGGGAUCUAAAGUGACUCUACACAUCAGCAGCAUGGAGGAGCUGGAGCUGAAGUUAAAGAAACAUAUGAAGAGGAAGGAUGUGAAGUUACAUAUGAAGAAUCAGGGAGCUAAGUUGCAGACGGAGACACAGGAUGUGAAGUUGCAGACAAAGACACAGGAUGUGAAGUUGCAGAUGGAAAGAAAGGAGAAGUUACAAAUGAAGAUACAGGAAGAGAACAAUACAAAUAUAACCUCCCCCACCCAACAAGGUAUCAAAAGUCCUCAACCAUCUCCGGAUGCAAAUUGGCCCCCUUUGAAUGCACAGGAUCCGAAUACUUUAAAUCUUGCAUCCUCUACUUCUCGUCCUCUUGAUCCACGCAUUGCAAAACGGCAUCAGCCUUUGCAUCAAAAUACUUUAGCUCCACAAACGUCAGUAGUGAACACACUUGAUCCCAAUACUGCCUUUCUUCUCGGGAUGUGCACUAUCCUUCAAAGGCUCCAGACAUCCAGUCCUGAACAAAACAGUGAGGCGGUGCAAAUGACGGAGCUCCCCAAUGCAGACAGCAAAUCAGUUGCCUGUGAUUUUGAAAGGAAAUCAGAACUAACUCUGGACUCGAGACCCGGUUACGUCAGGCUCUUUGGUCUGCCUGCCUCCGCUACAAAAGAGGACAUAUGCAGUUUUUUCACAGGGUUGGAAGUACAGGAAGCCAUGGUGAACGUGAAGUUGGGACGCGGCCAUGGCUGCCUGGUGAAGUUUGCAAAGGCGGACGAUGAAUGCGAUGCUCUUCAUUUCAACAAUCAGUUCCUGGGGCCCAUCCGUGUGGAGGUACGUGGAGCAACUGAGAAGAUGUGGACCAGUGCGCUGCAGGAAUGUGAGAAUGUUGAUGGCACGAGAGGGAAGCCCCACCCAAACCCCCUUAGGGAAACUGCAAACCCCAAAGAAACAUUCCCGAUAUUACCGCUGAGGAAGAGGAAGUCGGAUCAUCUGUCUCCAAAUAAACGGGUAAAAAAGCCAAGACCAUACUUUGACUCAGUAUCUACCUCAUCUCCAAGAAUGGACUACAUUGUCAUGGCCUGUAAUCUUCCCCAAACGAUGACUAAGACUGAAAUAAAGGAAUUGUUUCAAUGUCCAAACCUUGCACAAAAAAAUGUGCUUCACCUGCUGGACCACGAAAGCAACAGAACAGACACAGCAUUUCUUAUUUUCAACCGCAUUGAGGAUAAUGACUAUGCAAUAAAUCUAAAUGGGUGCCAUGUGGGUUCUGGCAUCAUUGAAGUAUCAUCAAUCACUAGGGACAAGAUGAAUGACGUGAUGAUGGCUAAAAUCCAUCCCAGGAGGCGCACGAGGAUAAACCAAAAUCAAAAGAGGAAAUCCACCCUACACUCAAAUACAGCUGCUCAGACGUGCUUGUUUGUGAGAAACUUGGCUGCAAAUGUAAAAGUGAGUCAUAUACAAAACCUGUUCUGCAAGUACAAGCCGGUGGAGGAAAAUAUACAUUUAUUGCAUAACAGUGAUGGCAACAGUAUUGGUGAGGCCAUAGUUCAGUUCAAGUCACCGAAGCUUGCAGCCCUGGCUCAAGGGCUCAAUGGUCAGGACUUAAUGGGGGCACACGUGCUCCUAACCUGCAUUAGUGUAAAGCAGAUGAAUGACAUCUUGGCAAAAACAUUGCCAUCACCAUAGCCAAAGACCGACAGAGAUCGCCAUGUUCCUUUCAAGACAAUUAUAUUCAAGCUGUUAUUCUGCUCGACUUAAUCAACCCAUUGAAUUUGUAAACUUUUUGACCUACCAAAUGUCUUAAUUUUGUUCUGUUAUUUUGUACUGUCAAUUUGAAAAUAAAUAUUGUUUAAACACU